UCGCAGCGUUUGUAUCUAGUGCCGUUGAAAUACUCCAACAAAUAUUUUCGACAUUUCAAAUCAAAUUUGAAACAGAAAUUAAAUAACCCAAUUUAAACCAAUAAAAUGGCAAAUAUCUUGUGCUUUGUGAUCCUUUCGUUGGCUCUGUUCGCCAGUGUGGCUGUGGCACGACCAGGAUAUGCUCUGGAUUACUAUGAUCAUCCCAAAUAUGCCUUCAACUAUGGCGUGGCCGAUCACACCACAGGAGACGUGAAAUCCCAGCAUGAGACCCGCGAUGGAGAUGUUGUCAAGGGCCAAUACUCUUUGGUUGAGCCCGAUGGUUCCAUUCGCACUGUGGACUACACGGCGGACUCCAUUCAUGGCUUCAAUGCGGUUGUGACCAAGUCCGGACCCACUGUCCAUGCCCAGGCCUUGGUGGCCAAGCCCAUUGUGGCCCACAAGCCCAUACUCAGCCACUAUGAGCCGCAGCCGCACUACGUGAAUCAUGUGGCACCUGUGGCCGCUGCACCACUGGUGGUGGCCGCCUCCCCGGCGCCCUAUGUGUCCAAGCAUUACGCCCCAGCGCCCCAGGCUGCUCCCAUCCACUACGACUAUGACGAUGGCUACUACAACCAGGGACAGCAGUACGAGUACAUUCCCCAGUACGACUCCGGCAACUACGGACACUAUGCGAGUCCCUAUGCGGGCCACUACUAAGCCCACACACUCUCCGCGAAAUUAAUUCUUAGUUUUGUUAAGCAAAUUUAGUUCUUACUCUUUCGCCCCAAAAACACUUGGAUGGUUGUUUCACUCAGUGUAGCUUGCAUUAAGAGCUUUGAGAUCUACGCUGAGAUCUGCACCACACCACCAACGAAGAGGACAACGACGAGGUUAAUCUUACUUAAGUUAUGUGAAAAUUUCUGUAAAAUAAAGUUUCGGUAAAGAUCUUUUUAUAAGU